CAGGAACGAUGCAGUCGCUGCAGGACAAGGCGUCGGAGUGGAGCGGCGUGGCGGCCGCCGACGCCUUCGCCAUCGACGAGGUCAACGUCUUCGAGGCGCUCGGCGGCACCCCGCAGCCCUUCGUCGACCUCUCCACCAACUUCUACACCAGGGUUUAUGAGGACGAGGAGGAGUGGUUCCGGGAGAUAUUCUCGGGUUCCAAGAAGGAGGACGCGAUCCAGAACCAGUACGAGUUCUUGGUUCAGCGGAUGGGCGGCCCGCCGCUAUUCUCCCAGAGGAGAGGACAUCCUGCCCUGAUAGGACGACAUCGACCAUUCCCAGUUACCCACCGAGCUGCGGAGCGAUGGCUGCAUCACAUGCAGCAAGCUCUGGAGACGACAGAAAGCAUAAACCCAGAUACAAAACCCAAAAUGAUGAAUUUUUUCAGGCACACUGCAUACUUCCUUGUCGCCGGUAAUGAGAUGACAAGGCAAACGCAAAGUGUACCUCCCUGCAAGCAUGCAACGAGCAAACCAGCCGAGUAACCGCUCAAACUUAACCGGUUGAAUAACGAUUUCAGCUCCCGUGUUCCUAAUAGGAUUCCCAUGUUCAAUGGGAUCAAGCUUAUUUAUGCAUUAUGCAUUAUAGGGAACGACACGCCUGAUGUUCUAUGGGCAGCAACACUUGAGCAGAGAGCAUCUCAAAAUUGAUAAAUUGCUUACUUGAAAUGGUUGUACUUCCUCUUCUCUCUGGGUUUGUGUUUGAGGGCACAAGUUCCUAUGCUGUAUAGGUGCUGAACUGCUCGUGCUAUUCUAUCCAAUGCUCUUAUCAGUUAA